ACCGUUCAGCCUUUAGCAGCAGAGGUUCCUGGUUUCAAAAACUACUUUAUGAAUCUGCGACCAGAUACAAAUAAACGUAACCCCUGGUUUAUAGAAUACUGGGAACAUCAUUUUAAAUGUAAAUAUCCGGGGAGUUUGUGGACGCCACUUAAUGAGGAAUAUAAUUCAACAUGUACCGGCAAGGAACGUGUAGAUGAAAGUAACGGAUUUGAACUGGAAGCUCAGUUACAGUUUGUUAGUGAUGGAGUUUUAGCUUUUGCUUAUGCCGCAAGGAACAUGCAUCGAGAUUUAUGUGGAGGGAGAUUCGGUUUAUGUCCAGCCAUGGAUCCUAUAGAUGGAAAUACGUUUCGAAGAUAUCUUCUUGAUGUUAGUUUUAAAAGCAUGAAUGGGCAAGAUUUUCAGUUUUUACCAAAUGGAGAUGGGCCAUCACGUUAUCGGAUAUUGAAUUUUAGACAGACUUCUCCCGGAGAAUAUGAAUGGGCUACAAUCGGAUUCUUUAGAGAUGGAAACCUUACUAUAUCAUCCCCACCUAUAUUUCGUAUUGACCAACCACUUCACCCUAGAUCAGUAUGUUCUAGACCAUGUACCAAUAUACAAGCUAUAAUAGGACAUGACCCAUGUUGUUGGACGUGUAAAGACUGCUCAACAUUUGAAUAUCUUCCCACCAGAAAUGCCUGUAUUGCUUGUCCUAUGGGUACCAUAGCAGCAUUGGACAAAAGUUUUUGUGUUCUAAUUCCUCAGAAGUACCUUCGCUACAACGAUGGAAUUUCUGUCAGUGCUAUGGGACUUUCAUCGCUUGGGAUUAUAAUUACCGUUUGGGUAGCUAUCGUAUUUUAUCGUCACAGAGAAACGCCCGUUGUGAAGGCAUCGGGGAGAGAGCUGAGCUUCGUUCUACUUGGGGGAAUAUUUAUGUGUUAUUCAAUGACGUUCGUGUUAGUUUCUAAACCUAUGACGCUGACUUGUGGUGCUCAAAAAAUUGGAAUCGGAUUGUGUUUUUCGGUGUGUUAUGCAGCAAUUCUAACGAAAACAAAUCGGAUUUCUCGUAUAUUUCAGGCCGGAAGACGGACUACUAAACGACCCAAGUUUAUUAGUCCCGAAUCACAAUUAGUAAUAUGUGGAGCAUUAGUGGCCUGUCAGACAGUUAUUAGUUUAAUAUGGAUCUUAAUUAGUCCCCCAGAAGCCGUUCCUUAUUAUUCUAACAGAGCUGACCAUCAAUUAGUGUGUUCUUCCGCCAUUGGCAGUACUUAUAUGAUAGGCUUUAGUUAUCCUAUAUGCUUAGUGGUGAUAUGCACAAUUUAUGCAGUAUUAACUAGAAAGAUUCCAGAAGCUUUUAACGAAUCUAAAUAUAUCGGAUUCACUAUGUACACGACUUGUGUUAUAUGGCUAGCCUUUGUGGCUAUCUAUUUUAGCACUGCCCAUAACAUUGAAAUUCGUAUAGCAACUAUGUGUUUUUCCAUUAGUUUAAGUGCUACUGUGACAUUAGCUUGUAUGUUUACACCUAAAGUGCAUAUAAUAAUAUUCCACCCAGAGAGAAAUAUUCGGCAAUCGAUGAUGGUACCAAGACCAGCGUUUGGAAAGCAAAAUUCCAGCUGUGUGCGAGUCGAUUCUGGCACGCAAUCAGAUGAUUAUGAGCUUACCCAUCGUUUGAAUUCGUCUGGAUCAUUUUGCAGUGCAUACAGUCAUAAUUCUAGUGCUACACAAACAUUUACAUACAGUAAUGGCAACAGUAUCAGUACACAGACUUUAGACAGUAUGGAUAGAGAAUUUGAUUUAGAUGACGUGGAGUUAUAGAUCCUGCUCAACGCCUUGUCAUCUCCAUCUUGGAUGCAUACAAACCGUGACAGACAAUUUAAAGUACAGGAUUAAUGGCCAACUGUCCCGCAUUCUAACUAAAAAUAACAUCGUGUUUGUCGCUUUGAACCAUCUAACGCCAAUGAUAAAAACAACAGCAAUAAAAAUCGUUUACUAUAGAAGUAAAUGAAUACUGUCAUAUAGCGAAUUGGUUGAUUUCGUUUUCUUGCAUUUGUGUACAUUAGUAAAUAUAUACAUGCAAUUCAGUGAGAAUGAUCGCACGACGAGUUCUUGGGCAUAUGUGUUGCUGAAUUCUAUAGUAAGCGAUUUCGUAACUGUUGCCGAUAGUGUAUUCUGCUUUUACACUUUUGUAAAUGUUUUAGUUUUAAGCGUUUUGGAUAGAUAUCAAAGGUUCAACCCCAGAUACGACAAGAAUAAUUUGUGGGAUAGCUAACCUUGCUAAUCCAUUACCUAAUCUGCUCUAGACCACCAAACUUUAGUACAUUCUGCGUUAGGCCGAAGGAAAAUCGCGGGGAGGGAGGGGGGGGGUCUUUAGAGCUAGGCAAGUAGACGCGGCUAAACAUUAAAUCUGUGACAGUAGGUGAUCGUCGUUACCAUUCUCGAACCAUUCUUUGGUAAUUCGUAGAAUAUUUCUAGUGUCGCCAAUUAACGACAUGUACCAAAAAUAAUUGAGCUUUCUGAAUGUGAUCAAUAAUUUAUAUGGAUCAUCUAACCUACGUUAUUCUGAUGUAAUCUAAAAGACUGAACAUUUGUGGGUAGUGCUACAUCAACUGUGGCGCAUGUGAUCUACUUUUCUUUUAAAGCGUGAUUGAAAAGGUUGACAAUGAAACUAGGUGUAGAAGUGUGUAUAUUGAUGUUCACAUAAACUAAAUACCGCUACCCUCACAAAGUUCAUCUUUCCCAUUUCCCUUUUUGUUGCUAGCAAGGGAGCACAAUCUUCAUUAGAAAUACCACAGAUAAUUGUUAUACAACUUGCUUUUAUACCCCCAGAUCCACCUCCAACAGACCACGAGCACCCUGAGUACCAUACUCAUUCCGGCUACGACUAGCUGAAUAUACGACAGUUAGCUGAAAAGUUCUAAGCCUAUUUGUAAAAGACCUGUACAAAGUCGAUGAUUUCCAUUUAUUUUUUACAUAGUCCCCUUUGAUGUGUAUGCACCUUUGGCAACGAUGGUUUAUAAUGAUGAAUCCAGGUCUCAUCCAUGGUUAAAAAUCUGGCUAAAGCAUUACCAGGAUCUGUUUCAAACCGGUGCAGAUUGUCGCGGGACAUCAGGAAUCUGACACGUUUCUGAUCCGCAUCAAUAGAUAGUACCCAUCUUGCAGACACUUUUUGUCAUUCUUAACCCAGGUUAGGAGCAGAACAGUAAGACGUUAAACUCCAUUUCAUUUCAUUUCAUUUCCUCUCAUGAGAGAUGCCUAUAACACUGACAACAUGUCGAGUGAUCAAUCGUCGAUCAGCCACCACCUUGUAAUCUCCCGGGUAAAUGUUUUUUUGUUUUUCUUUUUGAAGGGUUGCUGUUAAUGGCCUUCCAGGACGCGGGUCAUCGUCAAAGCUCUCUCUGCCGCACUUAAAUUCCACAACCCACCUAUCGGUGUGUAUCUGUUUUGGGGUUAGUCUUUGCAGUUGCGUCCAAUUCUGGUGAUUUCAAUGGGUAGGUUCACAAGAUGGUCUGGUACGAAGACAACAAUAAUAUUACAGUUAUAGUUCGUUUGCCUAUAUGAUUUGUUCAAUGAUUGUACUUGUUGGUGGCCAAGGUUUGUUUCAACCCAAUUGAUCUAUUAUUUUCAGACAUAGAAGUUUUCAGUCACCCCUCGUAACACUUUCACUACAACAACAGCUAUCAAUAACUGUAUUUCUGUCUACGGUAUGUUGCUUAUAGCACAAGUGCUAAAGAUAUGCUUAUUGUUAAGAAUUUCAGAAUCUUCCCCUCUUUAAUAUCUUUGCUUUUCUGCUUUUACGUCAUAUUUUCGCGGAUUCUUCCAGAAAUAUAUAAUAUAUCACAUUGAUAUACAUAAAACAAAUUGAAUUGUUUAUAGUGCCUUGUCAAACACAAUCUAAAACCGAAGAUAACUAUUAAGUGUCUGGCAUUUCUGAAGCAAUUCCCUCAGUUAAGAACAGAAAUUUGUUAAUGGCAUGCAAAUUGAUACUCUUUGAAUGGCAUUUGGUAAUUGGAACAUAGUCAAAUAAACACCAUUUAUGGAUAAUAAUUACUAUGGUUUAUUAGAAUAUGUAACAAACAGGUUUCACAGGUCGUUAUCAAGCACAUCAACACAAAUAAAUAGAAACUAUACCAAGACUACAAGAGUCUGUUAAUGUAAAACGAAUCUGCAUAUAAACUGGGGAAGAUUUUAAGUCAAGGGAUAGUUUUUAAGUGACAUAUUUAACCAACGUUUCUAUAAGGGCAGGGGCAGGGCUUAUAGGAUUUUUGAACAUCAGCAUGUACAAAUGAUUGUAUAUAACGAUAGACAUACAUUAGGGGUGUAUUGUAUAAAUUUAUAAAACACAGAACAAAUAAUGAUAAUUUCUGUUAAACAAAAUGUGGACAUUAUCGGGGAAUGUUCCAAAAGAACACUAAUUUGGUGUUGAGAUAUAUGUAUAAUCAUAUAUUAAAACGAUUUUUGAACCAGGAACUGGUCGCUAACCGCUACUCGUCUUGUUCUUCUUCUUGAAGUCACUUUCUUCGAAAAAGCCUAAGGCUCCGUCAUUUCAAGUCGUCCGAUCGACAUGGAAAUUGGCAUGUUUCUUCUUUGAACAAUUCUGCAUCGAUUCGUUGAAUUAGAUUUUUGAAUUUCAUCCAACCACAUGGUCAGUUCCUUGUCCAUAUUACGAUCGUACUUGUUAGUUGUGUAUUUUGCGGACAUAUAUUGUACAUAUUUAUACGUGGCAACACAAUAUCUAUUGAAGAUAAUCUGUAAUUCAUCUUUGUAUUUAACUAUAGAUAUAAGAUUUUGUAAGUAUACAUAAGUAAUCCAA